AUGAUACUUAUCGAACCUAGAUUGAUUGAAAAAUUAAAACAAGAAAAUAAGGUUAAUAGUAGUUUAUCUCGAUUAGAUAUUGAAAUGCAAAAUAUUAUGAAUAGUAAGACGGAAGACCGAAAUAAAUGGAUGUUAUAUUUAGAAACACUGCAAAGAUACCUUCAUUUUACCGAAGAGGAUCGUCAACCAUUCAGAUUACCAAUUUAUUCUGAUACAUCUAAUGAAGAUUCAAAUGAGUCUAAAAUUGGUUUUAAAAAUAAAGAUAGAGAUCUAAAAACUUCAGUUGAUGCUGAAUCUUUGUUGGAGGAGAAUCGAUCCAUUAAAAGUAAAGAAAAUGAUGAAAAUCCACUUUACGCACCAGCUCAAAUACUCAGUUUAAUACCAAAAACUUAUAAUAAAAAGGACAGUUAUUAUUAA